CCGGUCCCUUAUCUACAUAUAGAUAGAUAUUCACCCGAGGCAACUUCCAUCCACAUGGGCAUGAAGGACGACGGGCUGCAUCUUUUACCUUCGACGAGUGCGUGACAACACAACAGCAGCCGCAAGCAAGUGCAAGUCUCUGCAACAUGUCGUAUUAUCAUCGUUCGUAUUGGUCAGACUAUGUUGAAGAAUAUUAUAGGGCACGAAGGCUAGAGCAAGAAAAUUCCCGACUGUCCAACGAGAAGCGUGAACUGGAGAGGCAACUGGCGGAAAAGACGAGGACUGCUCAGGUGUCCUCGACUCAGGUCUUGACACUGGGGCACAAGGUGCGAGAGCUGGAGCGCCAAAACACCGGACUGUCCGGUGAGCUGUCCAAGCAAACGGAGGACACCCGGAAGGCGGGCCUGCUCUUCAUGAAUGCUGCCGAUAGGUACCAAGAGGAAGCUAAGAAGCAAAUUAGGGCAAAGGCAGAGGAAUUGGAGAACACGAGGAAGGCAGGUCUGAUGCUAAUGAACACCGCUGAUACAUACCAAGAAGCGGCAAUGAAGCAAAUUAAGGAGAAGGCGGGGGGGCUGCAGGACGCGAGGAAGGCGGUUUUGGCGCUCAUGAUAGCAGCAGAUGCGUACCAGGAAGAAGCGAAGAAGAAAAUUAAGGAUAAGGUGCAGGAGCUGAAGGUCAUGGGGGCACAGAAGGCAGAGCUGGAUGCGAGGGUAGAAUCUUUGGAGUCAAGGCUCAAGGCAGCUCUGGCAAAGAACUUGGAGUUGGAGGAUGAUUAUGGUAAGGUGCAGGCUACAAAUGAUAACCUUCGGCUGGGGGUUGAGAAAGAUGCAUCUGCAAAGGCAUUUGAUGCUGAGAAGGAAGAAAUCUUGACGGAAUUGGAGGACCUUAAGAUGAAGGUGGAGGUAACUCAAGCCAACAAGGAUUUGAUGGAGGGUGAAAAUGAUAAACUUCAAUUGGACGCUUUCACAGGAAUAUAGCUUGCUGGAAAGCAUGAGCUGAGAUGCUCAACAUGCAAUUAGGUACCUUGCCUCAGGCGAAAGAUGUAUAAAUCAUGAGAUAAUAAGGAUGCCUCAAGCGGAAACUUCCGAGCCAUCAAGCAUUUGGUGAAGGCAAGCUCUGGUUAUCGGAGGUUUUGGUAGCAGAGCAUAGUCAUAAAUUCUUUCAGAAGCUGAGGUUGAGAGGCUUAAGAAGAAUAUUUAGCCCGUAUUGUUACCAUGAGAACAUUCAUCACAUCCUCUUUUUAGUAGAAAAAUACUAAAAGAAAUUGGUGUUUGAAAUGGGCUUACAUUUGAUAACUAAACAAUAAUCGUGAGUUUGCUUAUCAAUAUACACCGAGCACAUUUAUCUAUAUUAUUUGAUAUAUGCAUGGUUGUCCGAGUCAUGUAACAUGAACACAAACAUAUAUUAUACCCUUU